GUUGUGAUAUCGAAAUGCUGCCGUCCCUACCAACAAUUCCUUGCGCGCCACGUCCUCAGUAGAUUGUACGAACGUGGAAGUUACUAAAUUGUGAAAAUGAAUAUUUUUCGGCUUGUUGGGGAUAUGUCCCAUCUCUUAGCAAUAGUUUUACUAUUGCUGAAGAUGUGGAAAACAAGAUCUUGCGCCGGUAAGCUUGUUUAAAGUCUGGGUUUUAAAUUAUUAUUGUGGGAGGAUUUUAAUUGUUUAUGUUCGUUGCGACGUUCCGUACGAUUGAAUCAUUCAUCAUAUUCAUAACACUACUACUACUAGGCAUUGGAUAGCCUGAAUGAAUACAGAUACGGUGGAAAAGCCUACCGUUAUCAACUAGCGUCAUCAAAUAUGAGCGUUUCGGUGCAUACUGCAACUGCGGACUAACGUAUUGGCCCAAUUCGUAAAUCCAGCCACCCUCCCUGAGUGAUUACCCCUCCCACACACACACACAUGCACUCUACUUAUAUUAUACUACCAAUACCAUGAAAUGCAGUGCACUGGGGAGUUUUCUAUUUUACAUUUGCCCUAAAUCUGAUAAAAUUUCUUUGACUCAUUGGGGACAUGCAAGUGCUUAUAUUAUAUGAAUAGACCUAUACUAUGAUUAAGUUUGAGAAGUAAGUAAGCCUAAAACUAAAAUCUAAAACUAAAAAUGUGUUUACAACACUUCACAAUAUCAUAUAUUAAUAUUGCUACCUCACAAUGACUGGGACCAACUAUACUUAGUAAUACUAUAGGCCUAGUAUAUAAAUUCUAAUUAUUUUAGCUCAAUAUUGUAGAUACUUUGUUCAAAAAUUUAAACAUUUUGUAAAAAUAAACCAAUGGCAUAGUUGAAUAGAGCUAAAUUUGUACAGAAUUAUAACACCAAAAUUAUAUUUUUAGCUGUUGUAGUUUUAAAGUUAUGAAUUUUUAAAGUACGACUUGGUUUGUCCUUUUUUAACAUGGACUGCAUCUCCACAUUCUGUGACCUCAUUCCGCCGAUCACGUCAUGCGCAAUGACUAUAUAGUUUAUAUAAGGCUAAGGCAUUCCCUUAUCACUAAAAUACUGUUUAGGGUCGAUUUAUUUUAAACUUUCAACUUUGGCACAUGAAUAAUUAAUUAAAGCUUUCAUUGACCAAUGGUUUAAUAGUUUUUGCACACGGCAAACACUUAUGAAUGAAACUCUGAGAUAGUACUACGAUAUAGCCGUUAUGCAAGUGGCUGUGAAUGGUUGCCAAUGACAACGUGUUGCACACGGAAAUAGUACUACGAUAUAGCCGUUAUGCAAGUGGCUGUGAAUGGUUGCCAAUGACAACGUGUUGCACACGGAAAUUUCUGAUCAUUUAUAAUAUGGACUCUACAGGGUUUUUAAAGCUCAAAUUAAAACGUUCCAGUUUAAAUGUCUUCAAAAUGCAUUCUGAAACACAAGUUAUCAAAUAUUUUGAUGUAUAUAGUGGUAAUAAUUAAAUAUUUCUUAAGUAUCGGCAACUUCCGCCAUUAAAAAGGGGGCGUGGCCCAUGCCAUGUCGAAAUAAGGCUGAGCCCCCUUAUGGUGAUAUGGGUCACUGGGAGAAGCGUAGCGAACGUGGGACACGACCUACAUCAAUGAGAAUUGGCACAGAUAUAUAUCAAUAUCUAAUGCCUUACACGAUUUAAUAUGAAAGACCUGUUCCUUUUAUUUCACAAAAAAUUUUGUAUUUGAAGAUGCCUUAUAUAUACCAAAGAUUUUCAAAAUGAAGUUCGAUUGAAAAAAGCAAAAUAGUUGGAUGGAAAUGUAGGUCAAGAUGUCUUCCAAAUUAUAAGGCCGGAAACGGAACUCAAAUAUAUGUCCAAAUAACUAAUUUAAUAAUAAAUAGACACACACAUCUGAAAAUUAAAAACUCGGAUUUUUCGGCGCCGACGCCCAUUUCCGAUACAAAAAAAGUAGUAGUCUGCCUUGUUUUAUCGAAGUAUCUACAAUAUUGUAGGCAAAUGUUUGAACAUUCACUAUCACAUGUCCACAACCUCAUAAACAUACAAAAAUAAUCUCCAAAACAUACUAAUACUACAUAGCUUACCCCAUUUCCAUUAAUUUUAGAAAUGCUAAAUGUGAAACAAUUUUAAGUGAAUAACAUACAUGUCAUAUCUGCUGGGCUCUCACACAGUUGUCACACUGAAUUUAUUAGUUGAAAAGUGAAUUGAAAGCUAAGCUAAUCAAAUUUUAGGAAUUAGGUGACCGCCUAACAAGUGUUGGUUUUUUAUAAAUUUAAUACACUAAUUUUUGUGAGGUUGUGUCGUGGUUGUUGAAACAGGUAAAAGUUCUGAUGUAGCCAUUGCAAUCUGUCAGUGCAAAACCCAUAACAUUAUAAUUAGGUAUCUGUUUUGAACAUUGAAGUCCGGCGACCGGAUGAAUAAGUUCUCGAGAUAUUUGCCGGCGACCAGGUCACAUGACCGCCGUAACAAAGUUGGGCGAGAUAUCUGUCCAGCAGCCUUGUCAUGUGACUACUAAUAGUCAAUCAUAAAAUUGGCGUCAGUGAUGCAUGGGGGUGACGAGUAUACACUUCAUUUCAAGAAAUAAGUGGGGGGAGGGGGUGAAGCAAUGCAUACUAAAAGUAAAAGGUACUGAGAGUAAGAGAGAAAGGAUAAAAAUGAUAGGGAAGGUGAUUAAUAAUUAAGGCCGGGAGGUCGAAAGUUCACAAAGAAAAUAGACCCUACAUCUUAAUAUAGGGCCAAUAUAGUGUGCUGUUGGGGUAGCCUUCUAACUCACGCAAUAUUAAUUACCUAAAAUAAGCCUUUUUUUACUGUAGGACUAUUGACAGUUUACUGGCAAGUAUUGGUCUUAUUUUCUUGGGUUGAUAUUUUAAAUUUAUGCUACUAGGUCGAGUUUUAUAAGAUAUUUAAACCAAGAUAACGGAAUUAUUUUUUUUAAAAUUUUGCCAGCGACCUCUUGUCUCAUGACAUGUCUGCCGGAAUAAUAACACAUACCAGUCGUCCGGCUGUCAUGUAACAUGCCCACCGGAAGAAUAUCUCCUGCACUAUCUGUCCGGUCACCGGACGUGUAGACACUGCCUAAGAACAUAGUAAAAAUGAAAACAUUAGGGCUAUAAGCCAGUAUAAAAGUAUAGCCCAAUUAAUUUAGUCCUACAGUCUAAGUAAAGAACAUUGACUGAUAGCAUUAUGUGUAGGCAUGGUCAUAUUUGUAUAUGAAGUUUAGCUUUGUUGUUGUUUGCUAAUUUGACCACCAUUCUGCAUACUGCCUUUGAUGUUGAACAUAUUUGUUUUAAUAAAAUAAAAUUGUUUUAAAACAAUAAUUUAGUAUUUUAUUUGUAUAUGUGCUACCAUAAAGAAUUGUUUCCAAGUUAAAAAAUAUUUUUAUAUUUAUAUGAAUAUGGUAAUUUUUACCCCACCUCCAACGUAUGCAUUCUCAACUUACACCAACAAUGCCAGAACCACUUAUGGCUUAACCUCUGGGUAUUACUUGGAUUUACUUCCCUUUUUAACUGGAACACCGGGCUAGCUAACCAGGAUAAGCAUCACUUGUGGGUGACACCUAAUAAAGAAAUUUAUAAAAAGCCUUGCUUUUUGAAGGGUGUUUUUAAAAAAAAAAUAUUAUUCUGGUCUCAGUUUGCACCAAGGAUAAAUAAAUAUGUAAAAUUUAGGAACUAAGUAAUAACACACAAACUGCAUUUGACAAAAAUAUUAUUAAGCUUGAUUUGAAUGACUAACUAGUAUUUCAUCAAAUUACCUACUGGAUUUCUAUGUAAUAUUAUAUUAAAUGCACUUGGCAAAAGAAAAAAUUUAGUCCAGGAGUUAAUUGCAAUAUUUUUUUUUUUGUGCAGGUAUUUCUGGUAAAAGUCAGAUUCUUUUUGCAAUGGUUUUUGCUUCCCGUUACUUGGAUCUGUUUACAACAUUCAUUUCCCUCUACAAUUCAACUAUGAAGAUAUUUUUUAUCUCAACCUCCUUGCUUACUGUAUAUCUCAUGUACUUCAAGUUUCGGGCUACUUAUGAUGCAAACCAUGAUACUUUCCGCAUGGAAUUCCUUGUAGUUCCUGUAGGGGGCUUGGCUUUCUUGGUAAACCAUGAGUUUAGUCCAUUGGAGGUUAGUAUUGCCUUAACAACUUUUUUUUUUCUUCUGUAUGGAAACAUUUUAUUUAAAAUAGAGCUAUUAUGAUUAAAAUUCUAGUUAUUGUGGUUUUCAUUAAAAUAAAUUUACGAAUCAUUUUUCAUAAGAUUGAUAUUUUUACACCAUAGUUGGUUCAUAGUUAUUAUUUGCUAAAGAUUAAGGCAGUCCCUGUUUUGUCUUUCUGUGCCUAUUUUCUGGUGUCUGGCUUGUAAUGUUUUUAAUAAAAUUUUAUUCAUUGAUAUUUGCUUUUUAUUAUUAAAAUUUUUAUUGUCUCAUGUGCAGAUUCUCUGGACAUUCUCUAUUUACCUCGAGUCUGUAGCUAUUUUACCACAGCUGUUUAUGAUGAGCAAGACUGGUGAGGCUGAAACAAUAACCUCUCACUACUUGUUUGCAUUGGGUAAGAAAAUUAUUAUGAAUUAUUUUCAUUUGUUGGAAUUAAAUGCAAUUUAAACCUCACCAUAUACAUUAUUCUAAGUUUCUCACAUCUGGGGCCAUACUCCAAAAUAUUGGCUUGAAAUUUUGUUUUUAAUAUGUCAGAAUUACACUUAAGUAUUUGGAAAUCCACUUUCCAAAAAGGUGAAGGCCCAUUGCAACGUCAAAUUUUCUCUCCACAAAUCUGCCAUCUCUAAAUGGUCAAUGGGAAUCUAGCAUAGGAAUAGAAGACAUCUUUUAGUUAUUAAAACAAGACUAAGAAGUUACAUGUAAGUAAAAAAUGUGACAUGGAUAUUUUGCAUCAAUGAAAAUAAUUAUUUAUUAAUCACCAGGUUCCUAUCGAGCACUCUACAUUCUGAAUUGGAUUUACCGCUACUAUUUUGAAGGUUUCUUUGAUUUGAUAGCUGUAGUAGCAGGCUGUGUCCAGACCAUUCUCUACUGUGACUUUUUCUACUUGUACAUCACUAAAGGUAAUUAUCAUUUUCUCUAUCUUGUUGUACUGAUAAAAGUGGGUCUAUUUGUCAAGUGUUCUGAUCUGGAACUUGACAUGAGAAAUUUAUUUUUUGUUAGCUUUUAUGAUAAUAUGUGUUAUAUGUGUAUAAAGAUUUAGGUCUUUCUUUCUCAAAGUUAAGCUGAUCAUUAUUUUUAUUUGAUAAGAUUAUUUUUACCUUCAACUUCAAGUAUUCUGUUUGAAAGCUAAAAUCACAUUAGGAGAUAAACACUGUCAUUGUGUUGUGCACAUCAAAUGAAAGUUCAUAUAGUUACAUAAAAUAAAAUAUUGUUUUAUAAUGUACAGUUAAUAUUUGCACUAAAAUAAAUUCUUAGAGAUAAGGACCUAAAUCUUUAUUUAGGUUUCGGCAAAGAAACUAGGUAAGUUGUGUCCCUCAAAGAAAAGUGAAUUGGUUCACCAACUUAAUUCAUUUAGAUCAUUGCCUUUUCCUUUACCUUGAAAAACACAUUUGUGUCAAAUGAUUUAGGAAAAUGAUUUCUUGGGUACAUAAUUUAUCGACCAAUACAAAUAACAAUAUAGUUAUCGGAAUGAUUUUAAGAACUAUAGUUAAUUUAUUAGGUUUUUCUAAUGAAGGCUGUGAACUACAAAUGGACCAGCAUUAAUUUUAUUUGUAGUCUGAAAUUUCCUUCUCAUUAUAGAACCCAUUAUCUUAUGGAACUAUUAGAAACUAAAUUUGAAUUUGUAAAAGUGAAAUGCCAAAACUGCAUGAUAUUAAGAAGUUUAAGUAUUAUUUGAAAAUGCCUUAGAUUUACAACAGACAAGCUUUUAAAUAAUGAUGUCUGCAAAUUAUGCUAUAUGUCUCUUUAUAAAAACUUGCUAACUGCAUAUAAAAUAUUACACAAAUGUUUGCAAUAUUGCAUUGAAAAUCUCAGCUCAAUAAAUUUUACUUAAACAAGUGUUGUUUUUUUUUUGCUUGAAACCUUGUUAAUUUUUAAGAAAAAUAUGUUUUCAAGAAUGGCAUGGUUUAAUAAAAACACUGAGAUUUAUUGGUUUCCUUAGUACUAAGACCUUGGAAUGAAUAACGAUUUAAAUAUCAGAUAAUGUUCCAAUUUAUUUAAACCAGUAAUUGUGUCUUAAACAUUGAUAACUAUUAAUUUAUUCAUGAUGCAUGGGAAUUUGAAAAUUCACUAAUGUUAACAGCACGUGGAUAAACCGUACAAGUUGUUUGUUAUUUUAAAAAAAGGGUAUAGAUUCAGAAUACCGCAUCAAUGAAAUAGGUGGUGAAAUUAUUUUUGUUCUUAAAUUUUCAAGAUUCACCCUAUUUCGUUUUUUUUUCUUCUAUUAUUUAUCAUUUCUAUGUCAACAAGUUGUCAGAUGAGUCUAAAAGUCCAGACCCAUGCUCUUACUUUAGAUAUGAAUUUGUGGGAGUUACAUAAAGCUCGCUAAUGAGCUUGAGUCUUGCAUGUGUUAACCCUUUUUAUUUUCUACAAGAUUUAGCUGUCUCCUGUUCAUUGUUCUAAGUAUUUUUUAUUCCCUGCUACUUUCAGUUUUGGUGAAUGGCAGGCAAUCAUUUUAACCAUUUUUGGUCUACUUGCCAUAUUUUUUAACAAAUGUAGUUCAUAAUAAAGGUUUUCUUUUUUUAAGCAUUAAGUUAUACCCGCGUAUAAGUUUAAAAUCUUAAUUUGAUAUCUAUGGUAUGUAGGAAAUCACAUACUUGCUGUGUUCUCACUAUUAAAAUGAUAUUUUAUAUAAAUCCCAUGUAACCAUUGAAAGAAUAUUAAUAUUUCUGGUUGAUUUAUGUAUAUUCCAUUUGUUCUAUUUUUAGUAUUGAAAGGAAAGAAGCUCAGCUUACCGGCAUAAACAUUGUGUGAACAAGUUCAAGAUUCUGCUACUGCCAUCUCGUCACAGAUGUGUAUGAAAGGUUUCAGGCCCAUUUGAGUCAAUCUGUAUCUUAUGGAACAGAACACUUGUUGGCAAAGGGAUUUUAAGUUGUCUUUUCAUUUAGAUAUUUUUUUUAAAUCUGAGAGGUGUGGUGUAUAUAAUUUUAGUGCUUACAUUCAUUUUAAGUCUCUUCAGCUCUAAGUCACUUUUACUAUGAGGAAUAUAUCAUAGCCUUCUCAACCUUUUAAUCAAACAUUAAGUUGUUCUUUUAAGAAAAAUGAAAAUGUCAGUAUGGUAUUCUAAGAAACAGCAAAACAGUUUUAAUUGAUCAAGUUUAAAAAAAAUAUUUGGGUGCUUUUCAAGCUUGGCUUUCUGUUAAAGGUUGAGACUUUGAACAAUGUAAUACUGAGGUUGUAUUUUAUAGAGUGUUUUCAGUAUUUUGAUGUGACCAAGUAUUCACUUCUUUUUCAAUCAGCUUCUCAUUAUUUUCCUAAAUGGUGAUGCAAAUCUACUCUUUGAAUUUCAGCCGUUUAAGUUCCAGUCAUUUGCUAGGACAUACAAUAGUGUGCUAUGAAAAUGGUGUGAGAAAGAUUCAUGCAUGCAUGAUGUGUAUUUGUUUAUCUUCUCAUUUUGCUGGGAAUAACCUUUUUCUCUUCAAAUUUCUUGCAAGCAAUGAUGAAAGCAUGCUUCAAUUUGCAGGUAAAGCUGGGAGCAACUUCUUUUUUACAUUAUAAUUAUAAGUUAACUUGUAACAAGUCCUGCGUUUGUGAAUAUUAGCAAUUAUCAUUAAAAUACUGUAUUCAUCGAAUUUUCCUUACUUUUUUCUUGUUUUGCUUUCUAAAUAUUUGGUGUACUUAUACUUAAUGGGUUCUUUUUAAUACUUAUUAUUAAAGAAACUUGUUCUGACUUGCAUAUAUAUUAGCAGGUUAAUUAAAAACGUUCUUCAGGUGCUAGGAUGAUUUGGUCAAAAGGAGAAAUUAAGUGGCAUUCUAUACUGUGUGUAGAGUUAUCUUGCAAGAGAGAGAAAAUACUAAAUGCCUACUUACCUUUGCCAUUAUGGUUUACAAUGGUGCAAAAACUUAAUCUUCAGAAAAGAAAAAACAAACAUUUUGAAAGCUAAAGAAAGUAAUUCAUUUUUCUAUAAUUAGACCAGAAAAAUUACAUGUGAUGCUGAUUUUUACCACAUCAAUGAUAACACAAUUAUAACAACUCGGAUGUUAUGUUUUCACACAGUACUUUAACUAUUAGUAUCAAACUAAGUCACUUUUAGUACCUCAACCACAUACAAUAGAAUGUUGGUUUAGGGUGUGUUAACCAUUUGUGUUGCAGUCUUGCCCGAAAAUGUGAAUUUGUGCAUGUGUCUAAAGCAUGAUUUUUUUAUAAGUGUUGAAGCUGUGAGUUUAUGCCAAUUAUGUUUUAUUUUCAAACUUAUUUUUAGCUUGAAUGAUUGAUAGCAUCAGCCAAAUUGAGUUCCUUAUUUUUGGCAGAAAUUGACUGGAAGUAUACUGCAAACUUAAGUAAUUGCAUUAAUAUACACCAUUAAUUCCCUUUAAUUAUAUUGAAAUUCACCAGUGACAGAAAAAAAUAUCACAUGUUUAAAGAUUCAUGAAACAAAGUGUUUGUGAUCAGUUGCCGAAUAAAAAAGAAAAUGGUCAUGAAUAUGGGCAAUUUAAUUUUCAUGUAAAAUUCUUUUUACCAUUGCACAUGUUGUUUUUUUUAAUUGAGUUUUUGUGCGUUUUUUAUGUGAGUUAAUAUUUAUUUAUAUUAGAUAGUUGUUUCCUCUUCCACUUUUACAUUUGGUUUCUACUUCAAUUUCUAUGUGACAUAUGUUUCAUUUUGUACAUCUCUGGUGACAUGAAUAGAAUAUCUAUCAUAUCAAAUAUAAGUGUUUUAUGAACCAUCAGCAUCUUAUUCUUAUUAGAGUAAGUCAAACAUUUGAAGUUACUUUAUUUUAGGAGAUAUAAAUUUAAGAAUGCCUUGAGUUCCUUAGUUUGUAUGAGUUUGCUAGUAUUGUGUUGCAUUUGCCAGCUGUAAACCUGAGUAAUUCUCAAGUUAACUGUAUUUAGUGAAGUUCUGCUUUGCCUGCCUGUCAAAAUCCACAUCAAAGAUGCAUGUCAAAUUCUGGCAUGACUCUGGUUUUAACAUUCACUUCAAAUCUUUAUAUCUGUGGCUAACAAGGCAGUCGGUAAUUGUACAUACAGUCAUUCUAUCUGUAGCAUAAAGUCUCAAAGAAUGAAUGCUGCAUGUCCGGCUCAAGUCAGUGAGUGCAUGCAUUUUGAUGUCUUAGAUGAUGACAUGUGGCGUUAGUUAUAAAUAUUGAAAUUACAUUGUUACAUGCUGUAUGAUUAAACAUAUUAAUAUUUAUAUUUCAAAUUUCAUUUUCUUACUUUUUAGUUUCUGUAUAAUUGACUAACAAAUAUGUGUUUUUUUCAUAGCUUUAACGAGGGAUUGGCUUUGGGCUAUGUUACUACAAUGAACAAUUAAGAAGUUUCACUAACAUUUAUUAACUUAACUUUAAAAAAGUUUUUGAAACAGCUACAAUAGCUUAUGGGAAUACUCUUCUUAAACUUAUUGAAAGUGACUAUAUUUUUCACCCUAUUGUACAUUUCUUUUACAAUAAAUUCUAAGACUUAAAAUUAACAGUUAUGAAAUAAAUGUAAGGCACAAUGAAAAAAAGAUCCUAUUUCUUUUAAAUAUUUUAUUCUUUAUAGAAGAAAUUACAACCUUGUAAAUAAUGAUUUUAAAUAUAUUUUUCUGAGAAAGAGGAAUAUCAAAAGAUAUGGAUAAAACUAAAUGGUAUGAACAUGUUUUGAAUCAAUAAGAACAAUAUCUGUAAUGAGAGAUCCAUAAUCACUUAAAAGAUGUACCUGUACGAUAUAUAAAUAUAUAUUAUAUCUAAUCAUUACAAUCACAUUUUAUUGACAAUUUAAUUGACAAGAACGUAGCCUUUUCCUAAAAAUUUGAACUCAUAGUUUCCAUUACAGGCACAUAAGACAGGCCCCAUAUUUUGAGGUGGAAAAAGUGUGUCCUAAACUCUUGAAAAUGCAUUACUUCUGUCAAUUAAAUGUACAAAAAAGCUACAUUAAAC